AUGCAAUGUAAGUUCCUAUUGUUAUCAUUAGCGUUUCUCACGAUGGCCGCCUUCUUUUUUAACGAGUAUUUGAUAUUCUUCAUCGCUGUUUCCCAGUGUCAGUGGAUUUGUCCGCAGCAGGGAUGUACUGCGGGUGACUUACGAGCUUUUAUGAUUGCUGAUACUCAUCUUCUUGGAAAACGCAAAGGGCAUUGGUUGGAUAAGCUUAAAAGAGAAUGGCAAAUGUAUCGAUCGUAUCAAAGUGCGGUGAAUGUGCAUGAUCCAGACGUUUCAUUUUUCCUUGGCGAUUUACUUGACGAAGGACAGUGGGCGGAUUCGCAUUUAUUCAGCGAAUAUGUGCAGAACUUUCGACGAAUGUUCAUGCGGACGGAAAGACCGCAGGUGUUCGCUCUGGCUGGAAAUCACGACCUAGGGUUUCACUAUGCAAUGUCCCCGUUUUCUGUAGAAACCUAUAAACGAGAAUUCAAUCGAAGUUUGAUUGAAGAUACUGAAAUAAAGGGACAUCGAUUUGUACUCAUUACGUCAAUGGCCUUACAUGGCGAUGGAUGUCGGCUUUGUCAUGAAGCCGAAGAAGAAUUGAGGACGAUUGAGAGGAGAAAUGACAAACGGCCCAUUCUACUCCAGCAUUUCCCUUUAUACAGAACGAGCGACGCUGAAUGCGAACAACUCGAUCAGUAUCAUUCAAUUGACAAAAUCGAGAAAUAUCGCGAAACAUGGGAAACGCUGUCAAUGGAGUCGACAAAUCGUCUGAUUGAUUCGCUCAAACCGCUGGCGGUUUUUAAUGGGCACACUCAUAAAACGUGUAAGAAAUGGUGGAAAAUCAAGAAUCGUUCAUUGAGCUUCUACGAGUACACGAUCAAUUCGUUUUCGUGGCGAAAUGGCGAUUUGCCGGCAUUUCUGAUGGUCACAAUUCCGGCCGACAGCGGACAACUGCUUGUCGAAUCAUGCACGCUUCCAUCAGAAGCCACACAACUUCUUGUCUAUUGCGUUUUCGGGUUUUUCGGCAUUUUGUUGCUUCUCAUUUUUUUGGUCAAUUUGAAAUUUUCGAGGAGAUCUCGAUGGAAUAUUAAGUAUGAAUAA